AUGUCGAAGCAUGUUGCAGUCAUCAUUGGCGGAAACAGAAGAUGGGAUCGGUCAAGAGGAUUGAUGCCUCAGGUGGGCUACUUGACAGGUGCCGGAGCAUUGAAGGUCGUGGUAGAUAUGUGUCGUAAGUGGGGAAUCCAAGUUCUUACAGUCUUUGCCUUCUCAUCUGACAACUGGUUAAGACCCAAAGUCGAAGUCGAUUUCUUAAUGAGACUGCUUGAAAACACAUUAAAAGAUGAAGUUGCUUCAAUGUCGAGGGACGAAAUCCGAGUUUCUGUCAUUGGAGAUGUAUCUAAGCUUCCACAAUCAUUACGAAAUUUCAUUACACAUUGUGAGAACCCUAUUCUUGGUAACUUACGAGUCGCGAUGGGUGGUUCUUGA